AUGAAUUUCGGAAUUUGGCUGUGUCUCAUCUUCAUUGUCGCUGCACGAGCAAGAUUGCAAAAGCGCAUAUUUGGUGGCAUCGUGUUGCCCAACUCAAAGUACACUUGGCUAGUCAGGAUUACCAAAUGGGAACCGGACCCGAGAAUUUGUACAGGUGUACUGAUCUACAGGAAAUAUGUUUUAACCACGGCCAGUUGUUUGGGGACAAAUGUCGACGAACUAUUUCGGUCCAUGAUGUCACCGACGUACAUCGAUAUGGGAACGCCUGACAGAGAAUUUAUGGAGGCAGCUGGCGGUGUGUUUAUUUUUUCGAAAGAAAAAUAUGUUGCUGGUUUGUUAGCCCAACGUGCGGCGAACUAUGGUCCGCUAAUUUUUACUCGUCUGUCAUAUUACCACAAGUGGAUUGUGGAAAAUUUCGUUACUCAUAUAUAG